GAGUUGCUUUUCGCUGCUAUCUGGGAUCGCUCUACUGGAGGUGAAGGACCGCCUGUCCCCUCUCUGCUUUUGCUGUCAAUGGCUUUCGGGACGUAUUUUCUUGAAUGUCUGGGCCUUUAAGUGACCAAUAAUGGAUAUUCUAUGGAUAUUAUGGACCAUACCGGCCGUAAUAGCUGUUGAAGAGACGCUCAUGGACUCCACCACAGCCACGGCGGAGCUCGGCUGGACGGUCUACCCUGUGUCAGGGUCGAGUGACAACAGUUGGGAGGAGGUGAGCGGUUAUGAUGAAAACAUGAACACCAUCCGGACGUACCAAGUCUGUAAUGUUUUUGACAACAAUCAGAACAACUGGGUACGGACAAAAUACAUACGGCGUCGUGGUGCGCAGCGGAUCCACGUGGAGAUGAAAUUCUCUGUGAGGGACUGCAGUAGCAUCCCCAAUGUACCGGGCUCCUGUAAAGAGACUUUUAACCUUUAUUACUAUGAAUCAGAUGCAGACACAGCCACCAGAACCUCACCAGCUUGGAUGGAGAACCCCUGGAUCAAGGUGGACACCAUCGCGGCAGAUGAGAGCUUCUCCCAGGUGGACCUCGGGGGCAGAGUGAUGAUGAUCAACACAGAGGUUCGAAGCUUUGGCCCUGUCUCCAAAAAUGGCUUCUACUUAGCCUUCCAGGACUAUGGCGGCUGCAUGUCACUCAUCGCUGUUCGCGUCUUCUACCGGAAGUGUCCACGUAAAAUCACCAACGGGGCGUUGUUCCAGGAAACGCUAUCGGGGGCGGAGAGCACCUCCCUGGUGGCUGCAAGGGGAGUUUGUAUCCCCAACGCCGAGGAGGUGGAUGUGCCCAUUAAGCUGUACUGCAAUGGGGAUGGGGAGUGGAUGGUGCCCAUCGGACGCUGUAUGUGCAAGGCUGGGAACGAGGCUGUGGAAAACGGAACGGUUUGUCGAGCCUGUCCCUCUGGCUUUUUCAAGCCAACUCAAGGAGACGAGGCCUGCAUGCAGUGUCCCAUCAACAGCCGUACCACCAGUGAAGGCGCCAUUAACUGCGUCUGCCGCAAUGGAUACUAUCGCACAGACUCAGAUCCUCUCCAGAUGCCGUGCACAACUGUCCCUUCAGCUCCGCAAACUGUGAUCUCCAGCGUGAAUGAAACCUCUGUGAUGUUGGAGUGGAUGCCUCCUCGAGAUUCAGGGGGCCGUGAGGAUGUGGUGUUCAACAUCAUCUGCAAGAGCUGUGGCGGAGGCCGAGGAGGCUGCACCCGCUGUGGCGACAACGUUCAGUUUCUACCCCGUCAACUGGGCCUGACAGAAUCCCGGGUCUACAUUAGUGACCUGUUGGCCCACACACAGUACACGUUUGAGGUGCAGGCUGUCAACGGGGUGUCAGAUCAGAGCCCCUACUCCCCUCAGUACGCCUCAGUCAACAUUACCACUAACCAGGCUGCUCCAUCCACUGUAUCUAUAAUGCACCAGGUCAGCCGUACUGUGGACAGCAUCACCCUCUCCUGGUCCCAGCCUGACCAGCCCAAUGGAGUCAUCCUGGACUAUGAACUGCAGUAUUAUGAAAAGGACCAAUCAGAAUAUAACUCUACUACCAUCAGGAGUCAGACCAACACAGUGGUCAUUCGUGGUCUCAAGCCAGGAAGCAUCUACGUGUUCCAGGUCCGGGCCCGCACCGUAGCUGGGUUUGGACGCUACAGUGGCAAACUGUACUUCCAGACCAUGACUGAGGCGGAAUACAACACCAGCAUUCAGGAGAAGCUGCCUCUCAUCAUUGGCUCAGCAGCUGCUGGGUUGGUGUUCCUCAUUGCUGUGGUCGUCAUCAUUAUCGUCUGUAACCGGAGGCGUGGCUUUGACCGGGCAGAUUCAGAAUACACAGACAAACUGCAGCACUACACCAGCGGCCACAUGACUCCAGGAAUGAAGAUUUAUAUUGAUCCGUUCACAUAUGAGGACCCCAACGAGGCUGUGAGGGAGUUUGCCAAGGAGAUUGAUAUAUCCUGUGUGAAGAUUGAACAGGUCAUUGGUGCAGGAGAGUUUGGGGAAGUGUGCAGCGGCAACCUAAAACUCCCGGGUAAAAGGGAGAUGUUUGUGGCCAUAAAGACUCUGAAGUCUGGAUACACAGAGAAGCAGAGACGGGACUUCCUGAGUGAGGCCAGCAUCAUGGGUCAGUUUGACCAUCCUAACGUCAUUCAUCUGGAGGGAGUGGUCACCAAGAGCAGUCCUGUCAUGAUCAUCACCGAGUUCAUGGAGAAUGGAUCUCUGGACACCUUCCUCAGACAAAACGAUGGGCAGUUCACUGUCAUCCAGCUUGUCGGUAUGCUGCGUGGCAUCGCCUCGGGCAUGAAGUACCUCGCCGACAUGAAUUAUGUGCACCGUGACCUUGCUGCCCGAAACAUCCUGGUCAACAGUAACCUUGUGUGCAAGGUUUCAGACUUCGGCCUUUCACGCUUCCUGGAGGAUGAUACAUCAGACCCUACUUACACCAGCGCUCUGGGAGGGAAGAUCCCUAUCCGAUGGACUGCACCCGAAGCUAUCCAGUACAGGAAGUUCACCUCUGCUAGUGAUGUGUGGAGCUACGGGAUCGUAAUGUGGGAAGUCAUGUCCUACGGAGAGAGGCCGUACUGGGACAUGACCAAUCAAGAUGUCAUCAAUGCCAUCGAGCAGGACUACCGGCUGCCCCCACCCAUGGACUGUCCCAGCGCGCUGCACCAGCUCAUGUUGGACUGCUGGCAGAAGGACCGCAACAACCGGCCCAAGUUCAGCCAGAUUGUUAACAACCUUGACAAGAUGAUCCGCAAUCCCAACACGCUGAAGGCCAUGACCCCUUUAUCUUCAGGUGUUCAUCUCCCCCUCCUGGACCGCAGCAUCCCAGACUUCUCCAGCUUCAGCACUGUGGAUGAAUGGCUGGAUGCCAUCAAGAUGGGCCAGUACAAAGACAACUUUGCCAGUGCUGACUUUUCUACAUUUGAUGUGGUGUCUCAGAUGACCAUGGAUGACAUCCUGAGGGUUGGUGUGACGUUAGCAGGCCAUCAAAAGAAGAUCCUGAACAGCGUCCAGAUGAUGCGUGCACAGAUGAACCAGAUCCAGUCAGUGGAGGUUUGACCCUCCCGAGCAGAGGAGGAGUAAAUAAAGCGGUUGGGAUGCAUGGCUCUGGGCACGGAGGAUGGAGUGGAUAUUUUUUUCGCGUGACAGUGUGUCUGGUCUUCCCACCAGGCUACCAUUCAUCCCCCCCAGUCCCCUCUCCAGUGCCCUCUAUCCUCCUCUUACCCCCUCACCCUGACUCUCCCUCCAUCCUGGGAAUCAGCUGUGGAGAAGUUUGUGAAAGCAGAAGUCCUUGUGAUGACGCAUCAGACGGCCCACAGCCCACCCACCUUUUAGAGCCAGAAACAUGGGAGGUUAGAAGUGACCAGCAACACAUUUUUCAAUCUUCCACCAAUUUUCAUUUGAUGUAGAACAUUUAUUUUUUGGUUUGUUUGUUCUGAUAAUUUUGUAAAGAAUUUUUUAAAGAAAAAAGAAGAAAAACUGAAAAAGGAAAGGAGUUUAUCUAAAUUUAUAGAUGAUAUAAGGUUGUACACUAGAUGAACUGAGUAGGAAAGCUACCCUUUAAAAGGGCAAAAAAACAAAAGAAACACAAGGAAGAGUUGAGGAGACCAUCCUCGGCGAGGUGUGGAUAUUGUCUUUGUUUUUAAUUUCGGACAUCGUGUGGAAACGCAGAGUUCUCUGAUGCCUUCUGAAAGGCAAACUGUAGGGGAGACUGGAGGGCCCGACGUGCACACCCAAUUGUUUCCCCAGGAAACAUGAUUUAAAAAGAAAAAGAAAAAAAAUACGACAGAACACAUUCAAUCAGACUGACAAUUCACACGGUGAAAUCAACACUCAAGAAAAAGAAAUAACUUUUUUUUCCCUCAUUGCAAGUAAUUUUCUAUAUUGUGUGACAUUUUGUGAUGAAGACUCCCUCUCACCAUGCUUCCUCUCACUGAAGACAGAAUGACAAGUUAUUUUUUUUCUCUCACAGUGAAAUAUUCACAGCCUGCCAAAUAGAACUCCUCUCUUUUGCACCCCAGUCAUGAUCCUGUACUGUACAUAUCAGAUGCACUUGACCUGCCAUAACAUGACGACUCAGAGACACUUAGAAUCGAUCGGUCGGGCGCCGAACUGACCACAGGGACAGUUUAGGUUGUUGUCACCACCAGUUUAUUUCUUUAAUUUGUAAAAAAAAAAAAAAAAAAAAAAAGCUUGUAGAGAAAAGAACCCUGAAAAUUGACUUCCUGCAGAGAUCUACAGAAAAGGAAACAGAUCCUACUGUUUACAUCAGAGUCUCCAUACAUGCAGUACGUCCCAUCAUCGCGUCCUCCCUCAUGUUGUUCAUCUCCAGUGGCGUCUGUGCGUACAUGCACACGUUGCACACGCAUACCACGCGCACCAGGAAGCUCCUGAAGCACCGGGACUCAUGUUUGAUAGCAUGCUGAGUGAGUGGUUAAUUUCACAGUGCUUUGAUUUGCUGCAAUUACUAGAACUGUGUUUGGUAAGAGCUUGGAUUUGACACACUUUACAGAGUAUAAUGUGGCUGCAUUAUAUUUACUGUUCUUCUUCCAGUUUUCCUUUUGAAAAGACAAUUUUAUGUUUUAAAUGUUAAAGUUUUGAUACCGCACAUGGCUGUUUCUCACACACACACAUGAAUAGACUUUACAAUCAGACGUUCAUUGAAUGAAAAACAAAAAUGCAACGUGUUAUAUUAUUGCGAUUUCUGUAUGGGUAUUACUGAAUUGUUCUUACUUUUAGAUUUUUUUUCUGCACUGAGUCUACUGUGUGACUCCAACAAUCACUCUGGAUCUUCCAUCGAUGCUUUGAAGUUAUUUUUGAAUCCUGUUGGUGCACAAAACCAUGUAGAUAAACAGCAUUUCCCUGUGCCGGGCCUUGGUUUCAUUUUAUAGGCAGUUUAUGCAUUUAUUGUAUGGUUUCCUGUGAACAAUACUGUCUCAUGAGUACAGAGCUGUCAAUCAUUGUCUGUGUUGUUGUCAGUAACCUGUUGUAAGGGUUAUGAGGGGGAGAAGAUGGCACUUGUAGCAAUGCAGCGAUUCCCCAGUGACGGUGAAUCAGGCAGGGGUUUAUGUACACAGCCAGUAAAUGAUAUCGGCAGUGCAGAGCUCCCACUGGGCCCCGCUCUGAGACCUGACAGCCAGACAUGGACGUCCAGCUGUGAGCCAUCGGUCAGAUGUGUCUGGUCGCAGCGGGGCGGCCGCACCCUGAUCACAGACGCUCUGUCCAGGCACUGAUUCCCUCCCUGUCUUCUUGAUCACAUACAUGCCUGUCGGCCACCUGUCUGCCGCUUCCACUGAUCUCCACAUAGUCAGCUUUGACCAGUUGUCCCGUUUCGUCUCGGCGCGUUUAAAAGCAUCAACAGCAGCAGGCGAGCCGACACUCAUCGGUGGGGAAGUUGUGUCAUGUCUUGUCCUGAUGCUGUGUGCCACGGAGUACGUGACAAAAGAUUCCUCCACGUUCGCUCGUACCAAAUCCUCAGAGGCUGACCUGAGUUUUCUUGUUGUCACUGCAGACAGCUUUAGCACCAAAGCCCCGGUUAAAGAAAGUGAGAAACCUCAGUUACUGUACUGCUGUCAUCCUGCCUUUCACCACCCCCCUGGCUGCCCAGAGAAUUUUAAGUCCAAGAGUGGAAGGAUUUUUACUCCCUUUCUGCUCCACCAUCCUCUGCUCGGUUAUUUUCAUCUGCAGUACAACACAUCAGAACAAAUAUUUCCCUGGAAGCUUUUCAUAACAUAUGAAACUGGAGGAGGAGAAUCAUGAGCUGUUAAGUCAUAGCUAAGAAGCGAGUGAGAAGUGAUGCUGUGACCUAAAUGCCACUCAUGCCAACAUGCAGUUUGGUCUUUUUUUUUUCUUUUUCCCUGAGCUUUAGAGCAUCUUCCCUUUCCAUUUCUCAACACUUAACAGCUCAUCAGUUUUAUUUAGUGAGACUGUAUGCCUUCUCAUGGUACUGCAAAUGUUCCAUCGUCAGGAAAAACACUUACUGUUCAAGAAAUUAAGCUCAAGUAUACGCGAGGCUCAAGGGUUUUGCUCCAGUCCCAUUAAAGCCCAUUCAGAUGCUUGUCCAUGGGUGCUGCCAAGACUUGGAGCUAUUAAUCAAGCAAUUAUCCUUGACGUUUGCUUCAAGGAACUACCUUAAACAGGGUGGCAGACAUUCUUAUUACUAGUGCUGAAUAUUGCUGAGAUUGAUUUUAUGCUGUAUACUGUCUGUAUUUUCUUGCAGCUCAGAGAAUACUUUUUUUUUGCCAAGGUCUUUCUAAAGGUUUGGUUUCUUGUUUUCCAUUUCAUCUAAAGGAGUUUGAAAAAAAAAGUCAACUUUUGUUUGAAUGUGGAGUGUUGAACCGCAUGAAGUAUUUACUAUAUGUAUUUUAUGAUUCUGCUGGCACAAAAGAGACGCAUUAUCGCAGUUCAAGCUGGGCAAGGAUCAUUGGGCCCUCAUGUCCAACUUCUACAUUAUUGGAAAAUGUAUAGAAGUCGAGGUAAUAAUUCAUUUGGUACAGUUUUUAUGAUGGGCAUAAUUCUAAAAUAAAUUUCAUUCUCUUUUAUUGCCUCUGACAUUAGGCUGAAUAUUUCAUUGAGGUGAAAUUACUGUCCAGGUCUGUAAAUUGUUUUCUGAAUUCAGAAGUGCAGUUGGAUAUGUCAGAAUAUUUGAUCAAUAGGAAAGCUGACAAUUUGUAUAUACAGAAAGGUAAUUGUGCGCUUUGUUUAUUUCCCCUUCAAAUCUAUUCUUUCUACUAUUCACUCUCCACAAACAUUAUGUAUUAUUUAACUUCAAACCAGGUGUAGUUACUACAAAAAUAUGCCAUCUGCACAUGCAGAGUCCAGGUUCCCUUGUGAAAAAAAAAAAAAAGGUUUUUACAGUUUUCCUCUGGAAAUGAAAGACAUGCUGUGGUUGUGACACCAGUGAUGGUUUCACCCAACGUCUGCCAACUGCAACUUUCAGCAAAACACAUUGUACUUUUCUCCUUUUACAUCUGUGAAGCAAAGUAAAAACCACUCAGCCCUGCCCUCACCGUGUGCCAAUUUUUGAAGGACGGAGGAAAACUGUUAAGUCUCAGUGUUACAGUUACAUGAUAGUGUGGAUAAACAUGAGCUGUGCCAGGCUGUACCCACUGGGCUGCGUUUGAACACCGCCUAACUGCAGUAUGGUGAGAGCGUGAAGUCUGCCUCCUGUUGUGGCAGAUAGAAAAUGGCUUCUGUUUAAAGGCUGCUGGACGAAGCCCCAGAGCGCCCUCUACUGCUGCGGUGGUCGAACGUGGCUCGUUGGAGUUCCAGUUGCAGGAUAGUCUGCGAAUGCUGCAGCAGGCAGAGCUCCACUGCCACUUCUGUUCCCCUCUAUGACCCUGUGUUUCUCUCUGUUGCCCCUGCCCCUGGACCCCCCCUCCUCCACCACCGCUACCACUCUGGCUGUUGGUUAGUGCAGGCAGGGGACCUGGAUGUGUUCCCCUGGUCUGUCAAAGCCCACAUUAUAGACCAGUGCCGGUUCAGACCACUGUGACUGAUGUGGGAGAUCCUGUAUUUCUGUAUAAAUGUAUAUUGACUGUAACCCUGUGAAUGAUGUAACAAUUUCAUUAUUUGUAAUAUUGUCAUUGGUUUAUUUUCUAAAAAUGGAAAGCCCAACUUGACUCUCCUCAAUAAAAAAAUAAGAUCUGUUAUAAAAAUAAAA